GAGCCCCCGCAGGCGACUAUGGCGGCCGGCACGGAGCAGUGGGUAUUGGUGGAAAUGGUGCAGGCGCUUUACGAGGCUCCUGCUUACCAUCUUAUUUUGGAAGGAAUUCUAAUACUCUGGAUAAUUAGACUUCUUUUCUCUAAAACUUAUAAAUUGCAAGAACGAUCAGAUCUCACAGUCAAGGAAAAGGAAGAAUUGAUUGAAGAGUGGCAGCCAGAACCACUUGUUCCUCCUGUCUCCAAAGACCACCCUGCUCUAAACUACAACAUUGUUUCAGGCCCUCCAAGCCACAAACUUGUGGUGAAUGGAAAAGAAUGCAUAAACUUUGCCUCAUUUAAUUUUCUUGGAUUGUUGGAUAACCCUAGGGUAAAGGCAGCAGCUUUUGCAUCUAUUAAAAAGUAUGGCGUGGGGACUUGUGGACCUAGAGGAUUUUAUGGCACAUUUGAUGUGCACUUGGAUUUGGAAGAUCGCCUAGCAAAAUUUAUGAAGACAGAGGAGGCCAUUAUCUACUCAUAUGGAUUUGCCACAAUUGCCAGUGCUAUUCCUGCUUAUUCGAAGAGAGGGGACAUUUUGUUUGUAGAUUCCAUGGCCUGCUUUGCGAUUCAGAAAGGAUUACAGGCGUCCCGGAGUGACAUUAAGUUGUUCAAACAUAAUGAUGUGGUGGACCUGGAGCGACUGCUAAAAGAACAAGAGAUCGAGGAUCAAAAGAAUCCUCGCAAGGCUCGUGUAACUCGACGAUUCAUUGUAGUGGAAGGGUUGUAUAUGAAUACUGGAGCUAUCUGUCCUCUUCCAGAAUUGGUUAAGUUAAAAUAUAAGUAUAAAGCAAGAAUUUUUCUGGAAGAAAGCCUUUCAUUUGGAGUUCUAGGAGAGCACGGGCGAGGCGUCACUGAGCACUACGGAAUCAACAUUGAUGAUAUUGAUUUUAUCAGUGCAAACAUGGAGAACGCCCUAGCCUCUAUUGGAGGCUUCUGCUGUGGCAGGUCUUUUGUUAUUGACCAUCAGCGACUUUCUGGCCAGGGCUACUGCUUCUCGGCUUCAUUACCUCCUCUGUCAGCUUCCGCUGCAAUUGAGGCCCUCAACAUCAUGGAAGAGAAUCCAGGUAUUUUUGCAGUGUUGAAAGAAAAAUGCAAGCAAAUUCAUAAUGCUUUACAAGGCAUUUCUGGACUAAAAGUGGUGGGAGAGUCAUUUUCUCCAGCGUUUCACCUACAACUAGAAAAGAGCACUGGUUCUCGAGAAAAAGAUGUUAAACUGCUCCAGGAAAUUGUGAAUCAAUGCAUGAACAGAAGUAUUGCAUUAACUCAGGCACGCUACUUGGAGAAGGAAGAAAAGUGCCUCCCUCCUCCAAGCAUUCGAGUUGUGGUUACAGUGGAUCAAACAGAAAAAGAACUAGAGAGGGCGGCAUCCAUAAUCAAAGAGGUAGCCCAAGCUGUUCUGCUUUAGGAGGUGUCUCC